AGAAACAUUUCUUAGAAGAGACAGGGGGAAUUUUCCCUCUAAAAUUCCCCUUAACGAUUGGAGGGCAUAUAAACCGACUUGAUAUGACAGAGAGAGCAAUAUCCAGUUUGCUUGUGGGAUGCCGUUUCGCCUAAGAAGAGCUUUAAGAUCUGUUAUGGGGGGCGGAGGCAGCCAUCACGAGACUCACUAUACGUAUGUCGACCGCACAGCGGAAAUUCUCGCAGAGCAAAGGCGACUUGAGCAGCAACGACUUGAGCAAGUGAGGCUCGAAAGAGAGCGCCAAGAGCAAGAAAGGAUCGCAAGAGAGGCGAGAGAAGCGGCCGAGAGAGAGCGACAACGAUUCCUAGCAGAGCAAAAGCGAAUAAAAGAAGCCGAAGAAGCCGCCGAGCGGGAACGACAACGACAGAAGGAGCUUCAAAGACAAAGAGAACUCGAGAGACAGAGAGCACUCGAGUCGGAGUCGGCUAACAAGCGUCAAGCAUUGAAGAGUUACAGAUUUGGUGACAAAACCAGUACUAGUGGGAUCCAAGGCGUUGCGAUUAGUGACAUUAAAAAGCUUCGAAUCGGGGUGUUUGGACCGACUGGUUCGGGAAAGAGCUGCUUCAUCAAUACGUGCGAGCGAACUGUGCGUCAGACGAAUAAAGGUUCCGUUCCCAUAGCAACCACUGGUUCUGAGGGGACCAUCUUUUUAGAGGACUACCUUCAGGAGCUGUUCUUCAGAUUGGUCGACACUCGGGGCUUCUUUAGCUAUGACCACCACGAGGAUAGGGAGCUCAAGGAUAUCCUCUUUGGGAGGAUUCGUUCCGGGGAUGUCAUCCGUCGAGGAGACAGUGAGGGUGGUAGUGGUGAAAAGGGCGUGGUCGAUGGCCCAUUUGAUAGCUGGCUUCAUGGCGUGGUGUUAGUUGUGAAAGCCAAUGACGUUAGACUGAAGAAUGGGACUCUGGAGAAGUAUUUGAAGCCAUUGAGAGAUACGCUUGGCGUCAUUGACCUAUCUCCUGUAACCGUGGUAACCCAUCGUGAUGUCUUGACAUCUCAGGCUACUACCCAGGCCCUCAACCUCGCCUCUAAAGCAACAGGCAGCUCACAAGACCAUACAUUCUUUGUGUCAAACUAUUGUCCGGACAAUCCAGGGCCAGAUGUGCAUACAGAGCUACAGAUUUUUAACAUCCUGCAGUUUGUUUUGGUGAAUGCAGAGAAGUAUGCUAAAAAGGCAAAGGUAUCCCGUGCGGCGAUGCUAAGACAGGAGCUCCAACAGGCCAUAGAAAAAGCAAGCACUGGGGACUCUAAUGCAACUGCCCCUCGAGCUGCCUUAGAUGUCUUUCUGGAGGUGAUGAAGAACAGACAUCAGUGGCCUGAAAGCAGCAUCCUUAAAGUGUCCAGCGAGUUGCAGAAAGAAGAUGUGAAAACACUGCAUGCGCUUGCGGCAUGUUGGAGCGAUAUCAAAGCUGUUUUUCCACAGGACAUGAGGUCACUUGUAGAGGGUGAUCUCCGUAAGAUGCGAAUGAUAUGAGCUAGGCAUGAGUUGCUAAAGAGGGGUUUAUCUGACAUUAUGGAAUUAUCAUAUCUGUCAACCUCCGAAAAUCUCAAGGCUUGAAAAUUUUUUGGGGGGAGGGGUGGCUAUAUUAAUUUUUUUUGGGGAGGGCUGGGUUUAACCUUGCAGACGUUUGUCGUAUAGAAAGCCCUCACGAACAAAUCCACUUAUUGAUCUCACAAGGGUGUUAGAUAAAUUGUGCUACACAAGGGAAUUAUUGUUUCAAAUAUUUAAUAGAAAAUAGGCAAAAUGACGGUUUUCUAUAGAAGAAUUUUUGGAAGCGAUAAAAAUCACUAAAAAGCGGGAGAUUUGGUGCUCAACGCGGGAGAAGGGGUCCAAAAUCUUGAGACUCCAGCCUAAUGUGGAGAGUUGACAGGUAUGAAUUAUUGAACAAUGUGGUCUGUGAAAAGGCUAAUAUGUGAGGCAUAUUAUCCAUGAAUUACAGUGAAAACUCUAACCCAUUGUGACUUAAAGAAAAUGUCAUGGAGCACAAAGCUCCAGGAGGGGACUUCUAUAAAAAAACAGACAGGGAUGAUCAUCAUACAAAUUAAUUCUUACCCUAAUAGAAAGGGUUGUGGUCAACAGCAAUUCUUACCCAGUGUGAUCGAGGCACUUUCUAACUCUAAGCACUAAAAACAAAAAUAUUUACUGGUUUUCUGAACUGCUAGUCCUUUAGGUGCCAACAUCAAGCUUUUCUGGCUACAUUCAUGCCCAGUUGUUAUCAGGACUUUGAUGAUCAUAGCCUGAGACCCUCAAAUGGGGUAGAGGGGCAUAAUUUUAUACUCUAUAAGUAAGGACUAUCACCUCUGUCUACUUUAUGGAGAGUUUCCCCUGACUCAAAAUGGAUAAUUAUUAAAAAUGUAAUUUGUUUCUGUGGAAAAAAAAUAAUUGUAUGUUUAAUCAUUAAAAUUUAUUUCACAGA